AUGAAUGCACAGCAACAGCUACAACACGACUUGGCCAUCACUCCCAAGACAGCCAGUCUCUUGAUCCGCCUCGGCUACACGUCCUAUCGCGACCUUCGCAGUGUUUCCCCUAACCAUGUCGUUAUACAGCUCAAGGCACUUCCGGACAUAAACCCAACACAGGCAGAACAAUACCGGCGGGGUCUGAGAAGAAUGGUCUGGCUCGCGACUCAAGAUCACCCACAGGAACAAGCUAUGUUAUAUCCGAACUGGACCCAAAAAGCCCUUAAAGAGCGUGGCAUGUGGAGAGACGAUGUCGACUACGACGGGCUUAGCGGAGAUGAAGUCAACCAACUCCAUAAUGAGGCGAAUGGAUAA